GAUAUUAGAAUUUAGUUCUGAACCCUAUCAUAAUCGGUUGGAAGCGGUUGAAGGUGUACGCAAUUGUCGAUAAUUGUAUUUAAUAAGUAACAGUGAUGUCCCGAUCUCGUAAUCAACUAACAGCAUCGGAUAUGCCCAGACGGACCAGGUCCAAAUUAUUGGGCAUGAAAUCAAUUGAGCUGGAUGAAGACCAAGAUGGGAAUGACGAAGAUGAAUUACUGGUGCUGAAAGACGUCACUAUCAAGUUCCGUGUAAUGAAAUCGCACAUAGUAACCCAUGCUUAUCCGAACAUAUACACGAUCGAAGAAGUUAAGAAAGACAUUUCGAAGAAGUUUCAAGUGCCGACGAAAUUUCUGAUGCUCAGGGAAAAUAGUAGCGAGAAACCUUUGGAAGACAGUUCGCGAUUGUUCGAUGUCUGUGACAAUGACUUCGGCAUCAUCGACGUGGAUCUAGAGUUGGUCGAGGGGGCACGGGAGGAAAAUAUUCGCCUGGAACCACAAGUUUACUACAACAAUUUCAGUCUACCGGAUAUAAUUACUGUCCGUAUACCAGCCGAUGGUACGGAAAUGGAGGGUCGAGUGAGUCGUGACCUUGUGGUUGAAAUCGAAAAUCAAGCCAUCAUAAAGCCGUUUGUCGGCGGCUACGUAGAUAAAACCACAAAAGCCGAGUAUCAUGAUGCUUUCACCCAAACUGGUCCUCCCUUGGAAAGAAUAAAAUUCGAUGGAAUACUGAGUCGGGACACCCAAACCGUCGAGGAAAAAGCUAUAGAAAUCGACACACCACGUGAUCAGGCAACUAUCAACUACGGAGAUGCCAUCGAACAUUCCUACUCGUCCAAAUACACGGACCGUGUCAUCAUAGCUCGGAAAUACGAAAGCUACGACGAGAUGACCAAGCGCAUUGAUCUGGUAUCGAAAGUGAAGCUUAUCCAACGCAAUUUUCGACGCUAUAUGUGGCAGAAGUUUAUAAAAGAAAGCGCAACCGAAUGGAGGCGUCUUCAGAAAGAACAGAAACGUCGGGAGAUCAAACGUACCAAAGCGCGCCAAGACGAGUACCGGAAAGAGUGCAUAGUUAAAACUUUUCCAAAAACAAAGCAAGACUUUGACGCACUCUAUGCCCAAGUGCAAAUGUGGAAAGAAAACGAAUUAAAGCAGAUCUGUGAGAAAUAUUCUGGUGCCCCUAAAAUUGCUGAAAUGAACAUGCUGCUCGACAAAGAAGUUCAGUUACUAAAUGGAAUCGACCGGCAGCGACAGAUAUUGCAGGAAGAAGCGAAAAAAGCCCGCAAUGAACAAAUUUUGAAAAAGCUAGGCGACCCUGUGAAAUGGGUCGGCUAUAACAGCCUGACCAUCCAGAUGGACACACUGAGGAAUCAGCGUGCGCGCUAUUUGACCAACUAUUACCGAAAGCUGGCGGACGAAACUCAGGGAACCCAGGAGCGAAUCACACUGCUUAAUCGCCUCUCCGAUGUCAUCGCCAAAGAGGUGCAUCCAGCGGUUAAUGAGUUGCAGACAUUGUUUGACAGAGAGAGACAAUUACUUUUAUGUAACGUUAAAGAGGCCGGCCUGGAUUUACUACGCAAACGCCAAUUACCGCUACUCAUGGAUAUUAUCUCAACUGAUGUCACCAAGGAAUAUAACGAACAAAAACCGAAAACACGCUUAUGUAAAACGUGCACCCGAGUGCGCUCUAUAGCUAGAUUCCCCUUGGACACGCGACAGACAUCAGCUAGCAUUUGUGAACGAUGCGUCGAUUUGCCUGGCCCUGCUGUCGACAUUGCGAUCUACCGAUCAAUACUGCGAUCAAUACGGCGAGAUGAGAGAAAACGUGGGGCCCUUUCUUCUUUUGCGUUCAUAAUCCAGGACAAUGAUAUUAAACAUAUAGUGGAGAACAUCUGGCAUGGACACUCGGCGAUUUCCAAUGCGACCAACCGGGCUGAACUGCGACUUCCCCGAUGGGAUACCAGAAGCGAUUGGGCUCCGUGGAACUGUAUAUGUCUUACCGAAAGUGAAGCCAGAGCACACUUGAAAAUAAUCAAUCUAGAGCUCUAUUACGAGAAAAGCAUAAUCAAAAACAUCAAAAACAAACAUGCACUAUCAAAAUCAGCGUUCAAGCAAUUACGAGAAAUUGAUCAAAUAUUUGUUGAGUCUGGAACCUGGUGGCAAAUUGGACUGAAUGCAAAUAAUCAAAAUUGAAAUCAUACGUUUUUUUUGCAAAUUUGGUAAAACAUUUUCGCAAUAAAACAAUGUUUCAUGUGAAACUU